AUGCAGCUGGGUGGGCCAGCAGCGUCACACCACGUGGGUGGUGCUCGCCAUUGUCGUCUUGUCGUUCUGUCCGUUGCGGUGUUGCUUGUCGUGCUCUUCAGUCACGGUGUCGAGCACGCUCAAGGGUUCGCGUUCGUUCCGGUAGUCAACACCUUCGCAAGGCCCGAGGGAAGCGGCCACAAGAUUGAGAGCCGCUUCGUCUGUCAGGAGCGUGGCGGCUACAUUGCUGGUGAACCGACGGCCGCGGCGCACACCGCUGUCAUCGAGGCGGCGCGCGGUGCCGGUGCUGGCACGGAGUGGUACGCGUACCUUGGGGCCAGCACGGACGCCAGUCCGGCUAGCGAGUGUCCUCCACCCCUCACCGAGCAUAUCCCCGGCUCCGGCGCCGGCUCGUCCUUCAGCUGCUACUGGCGCUGGAACCAAGGCCGCUGGACCGAGACAGACGAUAACCCGGCGCUGCCGCUGCACAUCAGCAACGCCGGCGUUACUUUCUAUAUCGGCAACUACUUCGGGGAGCCGACGUCGCCGUCAGUGGAUGUGUACGGUGUGCAGGGCGGCUUCCCGUCAUGGUUCAAUGCCACCGCCCCCAAGAAGUCUCAGUUGCGGCCGAGCUCUAUGUUUGGCCGGGACCUCCUUGCUGUCGGAAACGGUGACACAUCCACGUGGUCCGACAACAAGGCCUCGGGCGGCUACACCUACGCCGGAUUCCUCUUUAGCAGCAUCUACAAUUCCAGCAGGUGGAAGGAAGAGUCGCAGAGGGCAAGCCAGGCGUUCUUCUGGGCUGUGUGCCAGACACAAGGUCCCAGCCGUGUGAUGUACGAGCUCAACGACACUUCGAGCAGCGUGCAGAACAACUGGUGGGCCAUCUUCUUCUCCGUGCUCAUGGUACUGUGCCUCGUCGUCUUCAUUGUGACGGCGUGCUGCCAGGACAACGAAGGCAUGGACGAGCCGCCGGAGGAUGCGCCGGAGUGGGCGCAGGAGGAGGCGAAUCAGGCCACGUGCACAAAGUCCUUUGUGUCUACACGCUCUUUCGUGCAGCAGUGCAGCCAACACGCCUCAGGCGACGACGACGAGGAUAUGGAAAACUGGGUGCAGGAGUUCGACACGAGGCAAGGCAGUAUGUGCGGCGCCAGCCACGGUGCGGCGAAUCAGAUGCCACCGAAUCAGUACCCCAACCCCUUCUCGAACCCCAGCAGCGCCGACACCGAAGGCGUCCACCGCUUGUGCCAUGGUGACAAGAAAACUACAGGCCAUUGGAUGUAA